AUGGCGCUGCCCCGCGGCGACGACAGCGGCGACGCGGAGCUGCAGCAGCUUAAGCAGAAGCUGGAUCCAGUAGCUUUCGGACACGAUGCCGUGUCUCUGGACGAGCGCUUUGUUCCGCGUGGGCCGGAGACUACGGGUUUCGAGGUGGAGCCACGCGCCAGCUCCUUCUACGGAGCUCUACCGACCCCAAGCGGCGCAGCGGACAACGACGAUGACGAGGACGACAUGGAGGGCAUCGAAGUGCCAGUGAACCGCUACGCUGGCGUCAUAUAUGCAGCACGUUUCUUUGUGACCCGCGUGGGUUUCCUACGCUCCGCCAAGAGGCUGUUGGUGCUCAGCAGCAACCACUUGACUAUUGUAGACCCAUACUCAGACGAAGUGAAGGAGCGUUACGCCUUUGACAACAUUAAGGAGAUCACUAUCGCCUCAGACAGUGGCGGACACAACGGCGACCGCGCCUUCACCAUCUUCAUUGGUAAAAACCUCAAGGAAACGUACACAUGCAGAUGCAGACAGCAGCUGCUGUCCGCUUACUAUCAGCUAAGAGAACGCGCUUCUUCCUUUAGAAAAGACGAGAUCGAAGCUGCCACUGCCGAUGCUUUGAGUGCAGUGGGCGCCAGUGUAGGCACAAGCGACAACAGCUGGGCCUCAGGCUCGGGAGGACCUGGAGGCAGCAACUCGAACUUGCUCGGCAGCGGCAUGUAUUUCGACAGUUUGUUUCAACUCUGCGGAAAGACUUUUACCAUGACGAAACUCAGUACAACGCGGAGUAUCGCCAUCCAUCCGGUUAAAGUGGAGGUGCUGCUGGCUGUACGAGCCGCCAGCUUGGACCGUCUGGAUCCACAGACACGCACCACGUUGUCGUCAAUUCUACUGAUUGAUAUCGUCAAGAUCCAGCGCGUUAACACAAACUCGAACGAACUGGUGCUCUACUUUGAGAACAACCGAGUGCAUCGGUACUGGUGUGACAGUCGAGAGCCGUUUAUCCAGGCAAUAGCCAACAAUUUGCGCUCCUGGCUCAGCGUGUCGCUGUUCGUGGAGGAAGUUUCGGACUCUUGCGAGUUUGACGCGCUAACUUCGACGCGGGAUAUCCCGCAACCAGUGACAUUCGAGAUGCCGGUGCUAAAGAUCAGCAAGAACAAGUCGGACAAGCUACAGCUACGCCUGCUUGGUCUCACGGCUCUGGCGAUCAUUGAACGAGACCCUGUAACGCGGAAAACCCUGGCAAGUCACUCUUUGAACGACAUCUUUAACGUGGUGAUGUAUCCGUCCGUGUCGUCGUCUCAAGAUGACCCUGACAAUGAGUCUUCCGAGGGUUUGAGUGGCAAGUUCGCGCUGGAAUUGAAGCACGGAUUGACGCGACGGUACAUUUGUCUAAGCUCCACAGUGAGUCGACGUGACAAGGAGGUGAGUCUUGGGCUGGCGCGGGUGUCCUCGCAGCAUGAGAAGGAGCUUCGUCAGCUGAUCGGAGACAUCGCAGGAGAUAUCGACGUUCCGGAGUGGCUGAAUGUGGCAGGAUCGACGUCGCUGCUGAGUCCGAAGGAGGCUCGGAGUCUGUUCCUGAGCAACAUGAUCGAGAUGUGCCGUAUGAACAAGCUGCAUGUGCCGUGGUCAACGGAGGAGACGAAGAUUGCAUGCAAGGAAGGAACGUGGGGCACUGAAGUGCAUCCUGAAUGGGAAGAUAUCUUGCUACGGAAGUUGGUCAACUUGAAUUUCAUCCCGAAUCUCGUGACGAACGACAGCAUGUCGCUCAUUAGCCAUCAACUGGUCCAGUUUAACCGCAACAUUCCGUUGGGAGGUCUGCGUCAACGUGACCGUCGUGCUUUCGCGAGUCUGAUGAAGGUGCUGGAGAACUUCAAGGAGUAUUCUGUGGCCCAACUCAAUAGUCCGUCCAACACUGACGCACCUAUCCCGACAACAGAGUUCCAAGUGGAGUUGUUGCUGGCAAUUCAGCGUCUUCUGUGCACGCGUGGAGUCUUUGAGGAGAUUCCGAGCUCGCAGUACAAAAACAGCAUCGAAGUGAUCAUGGAGCUGCUUCAUUCCCCCAUGGAAGAAGUGAGCUUCGCAGCAGCGUGUGUGAUCAAGUAUAUGGUGGUGAACUACUCGGAAACUCGCAGCUUGAAGUCCGAAACGGCCAAUCGUCGAGCAAUAUUUACCAAGUAUCAUAGCAGGAUGUACGUGUCUCGUGCGUUCGAUCUAUCGAGGACCAAUCGAGUGGGUCGUGUACCGCUGCACUCCACCACGUCGGUAAAAUCGGGAUCAAACCACGGCUUCCCAUCUGUUGCGGCAAUGUCUAACACUGAACGGAGUAUGGCGAAUGCGCUGGCGUAUUCUCAACUGGGAUUGGACUAUCUGGUCCUGGUCAUGGUGCUACAAACGCUCGAGGUUUGCUUGUCCAGUGGGAAGAAGGCGACUCCCGAGCGAGUGGCAAGAGAUCUCCUUCGAGCAAUGAGAGUGGACGAUUUUUCUCGCCAUCAUGCGCUGUUUUUAUUCAAUCGAUCGCUGAGUUUCUCGGUCACAAAGUGCUCUUCGAUUCUGGUUAAAGUACACAUCUUGGAGCAGCCUACUGAGCUUGUGGAGCUAAUUCAAGACUUCGCAAGGAAGCACGGAGCUCUUGUGUGGCAGCUUUACUUGGCGCUGUAUACCCAAGACAAGGCUCAGCGUCGAAUCUCGUCCCAGUUGGUGGCGCUACUCACCCACGAGAACCCGCGCUCGUCGUACAUUAUCCGGAAUAUCUUUCCGCACGCGUUACUGGACGACCAGAAGACCAACAAACUGGAGUACGACGAGUUUGGAAGGCAUCUACCGACUGCAAAUCCCGAGUUGCAUGCUAAAGGCCAUGGGAACUCGCACAAGAAUGGGAAUCGCCGCGACAUGACCAAUGCAACGGAAAGUGGACGUAGCAAAGUGAGCUACGGGAUCAACACACGCGCUCGCUUGGCGCGAAAUGUGAAGCAUGCUGUGCUCUUGCCCGAGUUCUUUGACCGACUGAGUAAAACCUACGCGACGAAGGAUCAUGUGUGGGGUCCCAACGCUGUGGAAGAGCUGAUUCGAAAACUCCAGACAGAGAUGAGUGAGCUGGACAUGUAUCGACUGAAGUAUCUGGGGUAUCUCUACACAGAUCCGCUAGCAACGGACCAUACAGAGACCGAAUGGGACGCGUAUCAAGCAAACAGACUUCGCCACGACCCGCAACACGCAAACUUCGCUCCGUUUCUCUUCGAGUUCUUGCAGCAUGGCUCCGAAAGUCGACUUGCGAUCGAAAUGAUGAAGGGGACGAUCUCCUCGUCCAAUCGAUUCGCCAGGUUCAUGCCGCUGUCGUUCCUGCUAAAGCCCGACACGUCCGAUGACCUCGAGAGUGACGGCGGACUAGACGACGACAACUAUGACAGCGAUGAUAACUACACGGACGAGAACGGGCUUGUCUCCCGCUCCAACAGCAUCAUGCGUCCUGGCGAUAGCUCAGACACUAAACCGAGUGAUCAACACGAGGACUUUCGCAACGCUGCGUUGGCGAAGAAGAAAAAGAAAAGCGCCAAGAACAUGCCGCGGUGGUUCGUGGCAUGGAACUGCAACGAAUUCUCUAUCGACUACGAGUGUCUGGAGAGCGAGGUGAAGGUCGGUCCGUAUUAUCUCGCUAACAUUUUGGACGAUCGCGGUGUGUUGGUGGAAGAAAUUGAAGGUGCGGAGAAGUUCAUGACGCUAUUGUAUUACCGUCUGCUAGCUGAAGACCGGAGCAUUUCGACAAAGAAGCUUCAGAACGGAGAACGCUAUCCAUCGGCAGAUUCGCUUAAUGACGUUGACCAGUCCGACAUUCGUCUGCUGGUGUUGAAGGUUAUGAUCCAGCUUUACGAACGUCACUUCAACGAGUUGGGGUCGCUAGUCUUCCUCAACCACUUUCUACGAGUAAGCAUGAUGAUCAGUAAAGACGGCGAGGAUCGACGCUGGCCGCUGGUUGUGCGUGGCAACAUCAUGUUGUUCCUGGAUCGUGUUCUCUCGAGCGCGUUGAACAUCUCGCGCUUUUUGCGUGAAGGAGACAAUGUGACAAUGGUGUUGGACUUGCUGCGUGAAGUGAAGCCGCUGGUUGUCCUUCAAGGGCCUAAUGAUGCGGAGAAGGAGUACAUUGUAGAGCCUGCAGCUGACGUUCAAGCAGAGUUGGAUGCAACGAUCGAUGCUCUGGAAGAGUCUGGUGCAGAGAGCUCUAUUAUCUCGAGUCACUCUGUAUCGCCAACCUACGCACAUCGAGACGAUGAAAGCGUACACGAGGAGGAACCUAGUCGUGUGACUGUCGUAGCCGAACAUUGCGGUGCGAUGAGUGGCUCGAUGAUUAUGCAGACGUGUUUGAGCGUGCUCAGUCGUCUCAUUGAUUGCCACACCGCGGAAGAAGAAGGACACAUGUAUCAGGACAUUCGUUUCCCGAAGUAUGGGCGACUCACGCACUUUGAAGGCUCGGGUGUGAGUCCCAUCAGCUCCAUCAAGCGUCGACUGUGCGAAGAUCAGACUCUGCGGUUUUUGGUGGCACUUCUGGACUGUCCGAAUCGCAUAGUGUUCAAGAAGUGUCUGGGCUUGAUUCGCUUGCUCGUUCGACACAACGAGGCCAUCAUCCCGAACCUUCAUGCGUCCGGCAUAUUUUACUACUUGCUUCGUUUCUCUCAAGACGUGGACGAAAUGUCGAUCGCAGCGCGGCUUAUCUCUCACAUCCAUCUGCGCCAAUCCGGCCUCGACGUUCCGCAUCUGAUCGACGACAAGCAAAAAGGAGAGAACAAAAAAGGCGUCUUCUCUCCAGAUCCAUUGACACGAAUCUGCUUGAGGAGCUGGCUAGUGCGAGUGCUGCCCGUGUCGAUGGUGGCUCAGCUGUUACGUCAUGGACCUCGACGAUUUGCUACCGCUCUGUUCUCGGACGCUAACAACCCGGAAGUGGUCUGGAAUGCGAAUAUGCGCAGCCAGAUGGUGUCGUACAUUGAGAAGUUCAUGGAGCUUCACACCGAUGACAACGGCAUGUUCUACAUCACGGAGAACGAGGGCUCGGAGCACAAGGCUUGCAUUGCGUUGAUCCAGUACCCGAAGGAAGUCCACGCGCUGCAAUGCUAUCAGUAUUAUCUACACAACCUUCUUGAUGAGAAAAACUUCCCGGGAUGGCCAAUCAACGACGAAGCUGCAUUCUUGCACGCUUUACUGGACUCGAUUCGGCGCUGGGUGCAUCCUGGACUGUUGCUAACUGCUCGUGGGGCUCAGGCUAGUGAAGACCAAUCUACAAAGCUCCUGUCCGUGUCCGAUGCAGUUGAAUUGCUGGACGCCACGGCGUUGCUGCUACGUCGGUUCCCGGACUCGCCAACUAUCACGGUCUUGGAGAACUUUUCGUAUAUCCUGGAAGCUCUGGAGCGGUGUACGACGGAGCUCAAAGACAACCGCGUCGGCCCGACAAAGACGUUUUUCGACGUAUCCAACGCCAUCACGACAAAAACCACCUUCGUGAGGGCCUUUGGGAGUGCCAUUCGAGUGAUCAAUUUGGCUGUCGGGAUCUCGGACGAGAAUGCGCAUCAGUGCAGCUCAGGCCUGGGACUCCGCGUGCUUUGCAACUCGCUUCAGUUGCUCUUCCACAACCAGGAAGCACUCAGCUCUGUCGAUGGAUGCGCGCCAAACGUGAUGACGCACUGGGUGUUAGAAGCUCUCGUGAACGUUUUGAAUCAGCCCAAUGGACGUGUGUCGGCAGCUGCACAGUCAAUUGACUUGUUGCCGUGCUUAACACGUUUCCUCUCGCAAGAAGGCGACCGGCUGGCGACGGAUCUGUCGCUUCAGAUCGUGUACGAGAUGGCUGGAAGCUCCGGAGAAAUGGCGGAAGUGUUGUUGCUGCAGCUGGCAGAGCAUGGAAUCUUGUGGUAUUUGGCGCUCCUGUUGUUCCACUACCAGCCAAACAAUGACGAUAGCGAUGGAGAUAUGCAACGUAUCAGCAUUGGAGCAGCAAAAGCGCUGGGUAGGAUCCUGGAAGCCAGCGCGAGGGAGGAAUCGAUCGCAGUGUUUGUCAAGCGGAUGCAGACUACAAUCGAACAAGUGUUUACGCGUCCACUGGUGGACAUCUUACGCCGAGCGGGACCGCUUAAAAUGCUGGAUGUGCUGGCCACUGAAGUGCGAGAACCUCACGUGAUGUGGACUGAGCGUAUGCGGAAGGAGUUGAUCAGUCUCGCUCAACGUGCCAUCCAGUUCCAUACAACUCUGGAUCAAAGCGACGAGGAAGUGCACAAGGUGUUUGAGCUGCCGCGCUACGUCAUGUACACAGCACAAAAAGAAGAGCUGUGUGUGGCUGGUAUCUAUGUGAACUUCUUCAAUGAGAACCCGAAGGAUGGGAUCCUCGCGCAGAUUGCUGGAACUGUGAAUAGCAAUGGAAGUCGUGUGGAUAUGUUCAGGGCGAAGCCGACCACGAAGAAGGAGAUCCAGGCUGCUGCUGCCGCCGCCGCCGAGCUGGAGAACCGAACAGUUAGCGGACAUGUGAUGCACGGUCUGUUGGCAGCGCUAUCCUACGACAUCUCGGGCGUUCGUGCGCAGCCUCAGUCACUGGAGAGUGUGCUGCUUCAACGUUUGCUUCCUAUUGCUACAGCUAUCAGGAAUUUACUGCAGUACACACCCGAUAUGGACGUGCAAGUUGUGCAGGCAGAUGGACUGCUGACCCUGCUAUUCGUGCUGGACCACGAGACUCAACCGCAAGGUUUCUCCUUCGCGAAUGCUCCACUGUUGCUGCUUCGUUGCAUGGAGUGCGUGCACAUGCUCUCGUUCAGUGGCAAGUGUGUGGACCCUCUGGCUACUGUGGUCCCUCCGUUUAUCAAGAGCGCGUUCCAGGUGGUGUACAAGAAUCUCGCUCGCACUGAAGCUUCGACGGAGGGUCAGUUGGCUCGUGUGACGCUGCAGUUGCUCGGCAAUCUAUGUCUAAUUCCUGCCUGCAUCGACAAUUUGGUCAAGGGAAUGGACCCUGCGAGUCUGUCGAACUUAUUGCCGCACGUGUGGCUCGGGGACUCGACAGAGAUGCAGCUGCUGCUCUGUUUGCACAUGAUUCCCCUCAAGCGACACACACAGGCAGCCACGGAGUUUGCCAAGGCUGCCGUGAGCUCACAACUGGCAGCAGCGCUACUCAACUUGCUGUCCACGCUCGUUCCAAAGUCCAAGAUGGGUGAGAGUAACACGACCAAGCAGUACGCAGCAAGGUUCUUGUCGGUCUUAUCGUCGAACCCAGGCAGUGGUGGCGCCAUUUCGAGCUUACUGAUCGCGUCUCGUGUCUGGGAGACGCAUGGUGACACCACGCAGGCCUCGUCGGAAGAUCUUCGCCGUUUGCUCGUGCCCCCACACGCACCGGCAUUGCUAAAGGCGCCUCACGCAAACCCUAACAAGGUUGGCUAGAGCUUGAUUAGAGCGUCGAGAGAUAAAACAAUUGUAGCAAGACCCUAACGUAAUAAAACCCAUUUAUCAUGUCAAAGCUCAAGGCUUUUACCUCGUUUCCUCCGUCCCUCGCGACGUUGGAAAUGGUGUUGGAUCUUAGGGUGGUGGCAGUGAAGUUAGAGUGCGUUUCAAAGAACCCCAACACUGGCCUCCAGAGAGUAUGGUCAUCAAAUCUGCUCUACACCACAGUAGCACAUGCCAAUGGAAUGUUCAUGGCAUGGUAUAAUAUCCGCAAG